GCUAUUCGGUCAUUAUUUCAUUGAUUGUUAAUUAUUUCAGGAUACUCCUUGUAUUGGGUAAAAAGUUUCAAACUACAACAACGAAAUUUUAAACGUGAGAACCAAAUUAAACAUCUUGAGUAAUACCUCUUGAGUAAUAAGACAUGUGGAUUGUUAAACAUUAUUGAAAUUUUCAAGUGAGGAUUGGGCAAUCAUUAACUUGUGUAUUCAAGUAAUAACCAACUGGCUAAUUAAAAUCCUUCACAAUUUCAAUAAAUGCCCCUGUAAACAGAGUGACAGUUUUUGAACCCUGCAGAAUGUGUUGCAUCAACUAAAAAUAUGAAUACUUGGUUAUCAGUAGUAGCUCUAAUAAUGAGAGCAACAUGGAAUUCUGUCACGGUUGAUGGUGGUGUAGUUGUGCAAGAAGUUCGUGCAGGACACCUGAUCGAAUUACCAUGCCUUAGCAGCGACAACCAACACCGUUUCAUGUUUUGGGAGCUCUCAGGUGAUAAAAAUAUAAUUAGUCCAGGGAAUCCAAUAAAUCAAAACAAGUACAAAUAUGAAGUGCUGAGUGGCAAGCUCCUGAUUAAGAGCGUUUCAACUGCAGAAUCUGGCUUUUAUAAAUGUUUUUCAAUGGGUAUCACCGAUGACACAGCUUUAAAUGUUCAAACUGUUGAGUUAAUUGUGAGAAAAGACUGGGAAGACGUAUGGGAGAAUGAUUUUGAGACGAAUUUGUUAAGAGGCCUAACAGCAGCUAUGGUUCUCAUUGUAGCUGUGGCUGUAGUACUAUACAUAAUCACAAACAAGAGGCACAGAACGGGAAGAUAUUAUGAUAUGGACACUUCAAGGGAAAACUCACCAUCCGAUUAUAGGAAUGGACCUCUUGAAGGGGCUGGUAGUUCAUCACCCUUAGGAGUACAGGGAAUUGAUAACUCUCCAGUAGAUGUUGAUUUCCCACAGGUAUUCACAAAGAUGCAUCAAGACCAGGCUGUGAGGAUUUCAUGAAUGCUGCUUAGAAGAGAGAUAAGAUUCAAUUUUAUUUGUCUCUUACUCUGCUACGGAACAAUUACCUAAUGUACAAAAUGAGAAUUGAUCGGACCCUAAUCAGAAUCAGAAUUAAGUCGACCAAUCUAAAUACGAUAGACAAAGGAGAAUAUGGAAAAAUUUUACUGAAUCUAAAUCACAUAGCUGUAGGUGAAGUACACUAAAAAAGACGUAGAAUAAUUAAAUUAUUAAGUUCAAAGAA